GCAAAAGGUCAGGCUAUACAGCCUUGCGACCAACCGAAACGACUCCAUUUUCAAAGAUGCCGCCGUCUGAGCACCAUGCCUCGGCCGUCGUGGUCACAACGUCGUCUGCGAUAGUCAUGGUCACACCAGACGUUGAAUACAAAGGGUCGUCGAAGUCGACCGACGCAUUGCAUCGACGAAGAAAGACUCGGCUUCUUCAGGCGUUGGCCACGGGAUUGCUUGUCGUUGGCGCCGUGGUCGGUGCGCUCAUGAUCUCGACGUCAUUGCAUGACGCAUCGUCCGCGCACGACGCCACAGUCGCGGCUGCAAAUGGCCAAGUGAGCGUGUGCUACGACUCGUACGACUCGCGCAACAUGCCAGAUCACUUUAAGCGCAUCAAGGAGCGGUUCGCCGGUGUCCGCACAUUCCAAACCCAAGGAGCGUUCAACCACAUUGAAGUCGCGGCGCAAGCAGGGCUACAGAUCUACGCAGGGAUAUGGAUCCAAAGCGGAAACGUCGAAGGGGACAUGGCAGCGGCCGUGUACGGCGCCAAGAAGUACCCUGGGACCGUCAAGGCGAUUCUCGUGGGGAACGAAGAGCUCAUGGUCGGCCUUAGCGCGUCGUUUGUGAUUGACAAGGUGAACCGCAUGAAGCAACUCCUUCGGGAAGCCGGCGUCAGCAACGUCCCCGUGGGGUCCGUGCAGAUGGACGGCAGUUGGUUCGGCAACCCCGGACUCGCCGACGUGUGCGACGUCAUGGGGGUGAACAUCCAUCCGUUCUUCAGCGCCACCGACAUCUCCAAAACCCGCCCGAUCGAGGAUUUGAAGACGCGGUGGCAAAACCUCGUCAACCGGUUCGGGCACAAGUCGAUUGUCGUGACUGAAGCGGGGUGGCCCACCAGUGGCAGCCCCCUGAACGGCCAUGUGCCGUCGACUGACACGGCCAAGCAGUUCAUCAACGACAUGCGCGACUGGGCGGCUGGCGGUGGCGGCGGCGACAUGCCCGCGUACUUUAUGUUCCACGACAACCCGUCGAAAUCGAUGGAUUUUGAAAAAUCAUUUGGUCUGGCUGGGACUGACGGCGUGUGGAAGUUCGACUUCAACGGUCCCCUGCAGCGCUCGCCGUCCGAAGUCAAAGGCGUCGUGUUUGUCAACACAGCCAACGACCAGGUGCUGGCGGCGGCACCACUUCGCAAAGUCGAGUUCCAUGCCAAGUGGGGCAACGACUGGGUAUGGGACUGGUCUUCGCAGUGGACGAUCCGCGGGCCGCUCAUUGUCACAUGGGACGACUACAACAAAGUAGACCUGUGCCUGGAUGCAUACGAGGGCUUCAACGGCGGCACUGUGCACUUGUGGCCCUGCGACACUGCCAACGGCAACCAGCAGUGGAACUACGACGGCGACGCCAAGCUCCUUCGACAUGCCACGCACGACGGCUUUUGCCUUGACAUGGGCAACCCGAACGGCGGCACUCCGCACUUGUGGACGUGCCACGAGUCGUGGGACCCGUGGGUGAAGUUGCAGCAGCUGGAAUGGUGGACCAAGUAGUAGGGACCUGUAAACUGACUUGAUCAGGAUAUUUUUUAGCUAGUAACACAAUACUCGCUUGUUGCUGCAUGUGAUGGCGAGUGCAGUUAUGCAUCGGUACUAGUAUGUAUGCUGCUGGUAUCGCUGUCGACGAUAACUUUAUGUUUUACGUAUUUUCCCGAG